ACCAGGACAUUUCUGAAGUCUGUACUUUGGACUUUCAAGUACAGCUUCAAAGUUUUCACUAGAGCCUACAGGAGUUUGUUGCUUGAAUCCCAGCUGUGGACCAGAGUCUGAAACCCCAUCAUGUCACAUCCACAAUACCUUCCUCCCUUGGAACGCGUAGCAAUAUGUGGGGGCACUCAUGGGAAUGAAAUGUCAGGUGUUUAUCUAGUCAAGCACUGGCUACGGGAUCCAUCUGAGUUGCAACGCAGCACCUUUCGGGUCACACCUUUUGUGGGAAACCCACGUGCAGUCGAGCAGUGUGUCCGCUACACUGGGAGGGAUCUUAAUCGUACGUUCGCUGCAGCUUUUCUAGAUACCAAGGCUUCAGAUUCAGACCUUCAUGAGAUUCAACGUGCUCAGGAGAUCAACCAGAUCUUUGGACCCAAAGGCUCAUCUGAAGCCUAUGACUUUAUGUUAGACCUACACAACACCACAGCCAACAUGGGUUCCUGCCUCUUACUGAAGUCUGAAUUUAGCCUGUUGUCCAUACACAUGUGUUACUACAUCCAGAAGCACUGUACAGUGAGACAUUGUCCCAUCUUAAUCUGUCAACCACCUGGAGAGGAGGCUACUUUCAUGAUGUCAGUGGCUAAACACGGUCUAGCAUUAGAGUUGGGUCCACAACCCCAGGGAGUGGCACGAGCUGACCAGCUUGCUAAGAUGAGAACAAUUGUGGCCUGUGCUUUGGACUUCAUUGAGCUUUUUAACAAAGGCACCUUGUUCCCAGCCUUUGAAAUUGAGGCCUACAGGCCAGUUGAACGGAAGGACUUCUCCCGUUAUCCCAAUGGGGAGAUUUCUGCUGUAAUACAUCCAAAUCUACAGGAUAAAGAUUUCCAGCCCCUGAAGCCUGGGGACCCAGUUUUCCAGACUUUCGAUGGAGAGGAUAUUCUACAUGAUGAUGAUGAUACCUUCUUCCCAGUCUUCAUCAAUGAAGCAGCCUACUAUGAGAAGAAAAUAGCCUUUUGGAAGACCAAAAAGGAAACAUUUGCCCGACCAGCACUGCAGAAGGCAUUUUAAGUAGGAUGAGUUGGUUAACAAUCAAAGGCAAUUGAAGUUUCUGUGUUGUGCACAUUCUAAGAAUCAGUGAUACUGGAGAAAAUUAUGUGGUCACUAAGAAUCAGCACCAAAUU